AUGAAUUCAAUGACAACUUUUCUAUUAAUUUCAUUAAUAUGUUUUUCAUUUAUUAUUUGUGAUGAAUCUCUAACUGCUUACGAAUCGAUAAAGAAUUUGAAAGAAUGUUUAGAUAUGGUUAAGGUAAGUCACGUCGACCCACUAAAGAACAAACUGCUGCAAUGGGUGUGAGACAGAAUGCAUCAAAAUGCAAGAAAACUACUGAACCAUUUUGAAAACUGAUAACAUAUUCGUGAUCAGCGUGUUCAAAUCUAUGGAAAUAAGGAGUUUUAUGAAUUCUAGUUGAGGUUUUUUCUCGUAGCACUCCGUGGAAAAACUGAAAAACCGUACCCCCAUUGCAGCAGUUAGGUCGACGUGAAGUCAUGUUCAUUUAUAUGUCUUUCAUGAAUUGAUUUUAGGACCCGAAAAAUCGAGAAGUUUGUGCUGGAAAAAUGGGACCGGAAAGGGAUGAAUGUGUACAACAAUAUACUAAAGUAAGUUGUCAGAACUUUCUAAAUAAUAAAAAAUAUAUAAAUUCAGAAAAUGAUGCCGAAAAUCAAUAAAUGUGUCGAAAAAAGUCGGAAAAAGACAAAGGCUUUUGCUAGAGAUGAGUUAUAA